AUGGAUCCUUCACUUCUAGACACGCAGUGGAUAUGGCAUCCACAUUGGGUUGACCAUGGCAAAGGCUCAGCGGGAGGGUUUGUCCACUUCCGCAAGUCCAUCAUUCUCCAAGACAUGCCCAGUUCGCCCCUCAAGAUCCAGAUCACGGCCGACACAAAGUACAAACUCUACAUCAACAGCCGAUUUAUCCACAAUGGGCCCGUCAAAGGCGACGAGCACCUUUGGUUCUACGACGAGCUCGACAUCCAGCCCUUUUUGAGGCUGGGCGCCAACCACAUUGCCAUCCAUGUCUUGCGGCUGUACCAUGCUACGCCGUACGCAACUAGCUUCCCGAGGAUGGAGAUUCCGGGUCUUUUUGUUCGGACGCCCGAUGUGCUUGAACGGCGCGCUUUUGGUGUCCAGAGCGACGACACCUGGGAGACGGCCUUUGACCCGACGCGGAAGCUGCGGGUUGAUCAAAAGGAGGAUGAUUUCCUGCACGUCUACGAGGAUGUCAACAUGGAUCACAAUGAAAGGCUCGAUUGGAUGGCGGCUCAGUGCCUGGACCUCCCCAAGUCUCAUGGAAUCAGCCCGCCGUGGGUUCUAUCGCCUCGAUUAAUCCCGCCCUCCAAGAUCACACCUGUGGGAUUCAAGGCCAUCCACAACAUUCGAAGCGCUGUUUCCAAGGAUACCUGGGAUGAUAUUUUAACGAAGACAAGGGACGGUCAGUCCAUUGCAGCACUUCGUUUACCUGCAGGGACCUCGCAUCACCUGGAGCUCGAGGCCAACCACCACUUGACGGCACUGCUUCGCUUCCGGUUUCAGCGGCCCAAGACGGCGGGGAGCGUGUUGCGAAUAACAUAUUCAGAGUGUUACGAGGACGCUCCUGAGUUUGUCCCGUACGUCCGAUGCAAAGGUGACCGCAGUGACUCAAGCAAAAAACUCUAUGGACCCCAAGACCAAUAUUUGUUUGGAGGGCACACUGGAGCUGAGUCUGCUGCCAGCCUCAAAUACGCCUCGAAUCCUUUGAAUGAGGAGGUUUUCUCUCCCUUUCACUUCCGCACGCUCCGAUACAUGGCCCUGGACAUUGAAGUGGAUGAGAGAAGCGACCUGGUCCUGGAUGGAAUUGACUUGGACAUGACACAUUAUCCUCUCACCGUCCUUGGGGGUUUUAAUGUCCCCGAAGUUCAAGAGAACGCAAGCUACCCGGCAAUGUGGGACAUAAGUAGCCGCACACUCAUCAACUGUAUGCACGACUGCUACGAGGACUGCCCAUUCUACGAACAGCUUCAGUACGCCAUGGACGUCAGAAGUUCCUGUUUGUUUACCUACUACGUAUCCGGGGACGACCGCAUGGCCCGCCAGGCAAUCAUUCAGCUGCACAACUCCUACCGUCCGGGCGUGGGCCUCAUCGCGAGCCGAAGCCCGUCUUAUCAGCUCCAGAUAAUUCCCAACUUUUCGCUCUUCUGGAUCUGUACGGUCGUGGACCACUUUGAGCACUUUGGGGACACCGGCUUUACACGCCAAUUCCUGCCCGUGUGCGAUGGAAUCCUCGAAUCGUUUUUGAGACGGAUGGACCCUAAUGUCGGCCUCAUUUCGUCCAAGAAGCAGGCGUUGGCAACGUUCUGGGACUUUGUUGACUGGACGAAGGAGUGGAAGCCUAUGGGCAUUCCACCAGCUGGCGAAGGCUCUGGCUUUCAGACCUACACGAACAUGCUAUAUGCGUACACCCUCCAACAAUUGGCUGGCAUUCUAGGAGCACUCGGCAGGCCUGCUCUCGUAGACGAGUACAGGUCACGAGCGGACGCGGUUGUCGGGGCUAUCAACAGCCACUGUCGGAUCGGCCAGUUCUAUACUGACGGACUGGCGUCUUAUUCCACGCCAGAUCAACCUCUCAGCCAGCACAGCCAGAUCUGGGCGGUCCUCUGUGGAGCGAUGAACGGCAAGACAGCCCGAGACGCGCUCACAGCCUGCAUGGCCCAGUCCAGAGACUUCAUCAAACCCUCGUUUGCAAUGUCCUUUUACGCGCUCCGGGCUCUCUCGGCGGUCGGCGAAACCGUCUACGACGACGCCUUUCACGCCAUCUGGCAGCCGUGGAGGGCCCAGCUGUCUCAGAACCUCACCACGUGGUGCGAAGAUGAUGUGACGCGACGAUCGGAUUGCCACGCGUGGAGCUGCGUGCCCUUGUACGAGUUCACGGCCGAAGUGGCCGGGAUUCGACCGGCCGAACCUGGCUGGGCCGUCGUCGCGUUCAAGCCUCGCACGAGGCUAUUCCCAACCUUCAGCGGCAGGGUUCCCCUCGGCGGAAAGCUAGCGCCCGGCGUGGCGCAUGUCAGCUGGCACCGCGAGGAGGGAAGCUCCAAAAUAUCGGUGUCGGUCGAGCUGCAUCACGUCCCAGAGGAGGAGGAGGCGGUAGAGAUACGGGUGACAUUUCCUGAUGGGCAUGUGGAGCAGCACGAUGGUCCGUCUUUGCAUGUGGUUUUUUAAAUAAAGUCAAAGUUGUAG